GGCAGGAGGAUGAGGCGGCGGCGCCACAAAGACCCAGGCGCUCUGUAGCUGCGGGCAAAAGCGGUUCCCUGCCGCAGCUUCCGCAAGUGCCUUCAGGCGGGACCCACCGGCCGGGUCAGCCUGCGAGCCUGCUUACCCCACCGUUGCCUCUCCUGCGCUCCGCUGCUCCACUCCCAAGCCUCCCUCCCAGCUAUUCUCCAGGAGUGGAGGGAUGCCCUUUCCGCUGGCAUGGCUGAGCUUGGCUCUGUUGCUGCUGCUGCUGCCGCCCCUGCCAGGGCUGGCGGGGCCAGUGACUACCUGCGAUGCCAACGGGAGCCUGUACUAUGUGGGCGAGUGGUAUUUCCUGGACAGUGACCACUGUACCCAGUGUGAGUGCACGGCCGAAGGACCAGCUUGUGCCCGCACGGACUGCACCGCGCUGCCACCUGCCUGCAUUCACGUCAGCCACUACCCCAACGACUGCUGCCCCCGUUGCGAACGGGUCGGCUGCGAACACCGCGGGCAGGUGUAUGAGUUGGGGGAGCACUUUCAGCCCUCAGAGUGUGAGCAGUGUACCUGUGACCUGGAUGGCAUUGCCCGGUGCCUAGUGGCAGACUGCGCUCCUCCCCCUUGCGUCAAUCCCAUCUAUGAGAAGGGCCACUGCUGCCCCACCUGCAAGGAUGGACCCAACUGCUAUGUGGAUGGGAGCCAGCACCGCAUCAUUCCUGCUGGGCAGAGCAUCUGGGUGGGGCCCUGCACCCGCUGCCGCUGUCAUGAUGGCCAGGAUGCUGGCUACUGGGAAGGAAACCGCUUAGCCAAAUGUGAGCAGCUAUGGGGAUGCCAGGCUACAGCUGGACAUCAUGCCUGAGUUUUAUCAAACUUUGAGCAGUUCUUCAGCCAGUCUUCGAUCCCCUGAAGUCUCAGAUCUUACAAACAAGCCCCUCCAGCCAGAUAAAAGCUUAGCCUCCAAUACAGGUCUGCAGUGUUUUCCUAGACAUAUCCAAGCACUCUUUCCUAACCACAAACGCUCCAGCUGUGUUGGACUGCAACUUCCAGCAUUAGCACCAGUGCAGUCCAACCCAGCUGGAGGGUGCCAGGUUCAGGAAGGCUGCUCUAGAACGUGGGAGUAGCUCACUGGACAAGUAGGGUUCCGGGCCCCUUGGAGCAGAACCCCUUCGCAUUUCGGUUUCUUUAAGGAAUCACUCCCCUGACUCCCACCCAAGACUCUCAUCUGUUCUACUCCAAACAUAGCAUCUUCUGCAGAGCCCUUUGCCCUUGAACAGAAUGCAUCUGUGUGGUCCUGGAACACAUAAAAAUAAAGAAUCCUUGUGGAAUA